GUCGAGGAGAGACAAGCUGAAAAUCCCCUCCCUUACUUUGGAUUUGUCACCCACUUGCCAGAGCCCAACUCUACUGAGCCCAUGCAGCCCAUGCAGCCCCUGCAGCCCCUUACAAACCCUACAUCCCUGGAGUGGUUUGCAGAAGAGGAUGUCGUCCUUAAUUGAACCCCAUAAACGUAACGGACUGUCACCAGCCCGGUACCACCAGUGCCGGCACCACGCACCAGGCCUACAGUGCGCCUCGGCAGUCCAGAGCGUCCGGCGAUAGUACCCAGUCCAGAGCGUCCGGCGAUAGUACCCACUCCAGAGCGUCCGGCGACAGUACCCAGUCCAGAGCGUCCGGCGACAGUACCCAAUCCAGAGCGUCCGGCGAUAGUACCCAGUCCAGAGCGUCCGGCGACAGUACCUAGUCCAGAGCGUCCGGCGACAGUACCCAGUCCAGAGCGUCCGGCGACAGUACCCAGUCCAGAGCGUCCGGCGACAGUACCCAGUCCAGAGCGUCCGGCGAUAGUACCCAGUCCAGAGCGUCCGGCGAUAGCACCCAGUCCAGAGCGUCCGGCGAUAGUACCCAGUCCAGAGCGUCCGGCGACAGUACCCAGUCCAGAGCGUCCGGCGACAGUCCACAGUCCAGAACCUCAAAUGACGGGCCACAGUCCGGAACCUCAAACGACGGGCCACAGUCCGGAACCUCCAAGGACGGGCCACAGUCCGGAACCUCCAAGGACGGGCCACAGUCUGGAACCUCCAACGACUGGCCACAGUCCGGGGUCUCCAGCGACGGUCCCCAGUCCGGGGUCUCCAGCGACGGUCCCCAGUCCGGGGUCUCCAGCGACGGUCCCCAGUCCAGAACAUCCGGUGAUGAUCCACGCAGCGAGGGUCCCCAGGCCGGAGCCUACAGCAAGGAUCUGCAGUCUAGAGCCUCCGACGAUGAUCCACGGGUCGGUGCUACAAGAGAAGACUCAGAGUAAAAAAGGGGGACGGCGUCCAGAACCAGAGCCGCCACCGAGUUGCCGGAGCAGCAACAGGAAGAGUCUUGGCCUGGGGACUCCAUCGCCCACUCUGUCACGCCCUCUCUCCCCACUCUCCGUCCACACCGCUGCAAGCAGUCCCAUAGACAGCCCCCGAAAUGUGUCCACCAGUGCCUCCCUCAACUUCCCAUUUGCUCGCAGCCACAUGGCUCGUGCUGACAGAGCGGAAGGCAGACGAUGGUCUUUGGCGUCCCUCCCCUCCUCCGGCUAUGGAACCAACCCCCCCAGUUCCACGGUCUCUUCCUCCUCCUCUUCCCAGGAGCGCCUGCACCAGCUCCCCUACCAGCCCACUCAAGACGAGCUCCACUUCCUGUUCAAGCACUUCCGCAGCUCAGAGAGCGUAACAGACGAGGAUGUGCGACCCUCGCCUUUCAUGCGCCCUCGCUCCCGCAGCCUCAGCCCCGGAAGAACAAUGGGUUCAUUCGAUAAUGAGGUCGUCAUGAUGAACCAUGUUUACAAAGAACGGUUCCCCAAGGCCACAGCACAGAUGGAAGAGCGCUUGCUGGAUAUCAUCACCGCCUGCUCCCCAGACAGCACCCUCCCACUGUCCGAUGGCGUGCUGGGCUUCAUCCAGCACCAGCUGGUGGAGCUGGUCCGAGACUGCCUGGACAAGUCCCACACGGGCCUGGUCACUUCACGCUACUUUGUGGAGCUGCAGGAGAAACUGGAGAAGCUGCUCCACGAGGCGUACGAUCGCUCGGAGAGCGAGGAGGUAUCUGUCAUCACCCAGCUGGUGAAGAAGAUUCUCAUCAUCAUAUCCCGACCGGCGAGGCUGCUCGAGUGCCUGGAAUUUGACCCGGAAGAGUUCUAUCAUCUGCUGGAGGCAGCCGAAGGUCAUGCCAAAGAGGGCCAGGGCAUCAAGACGGAUAUUCCACGUUACAUCAUCAACCAACUGGGCUUGACUCGCGACCCCCUCGAAGAUAUGGUACAGCUUGAGCAGUAUGAGUCCGCUCCAUCGAUGACAUUGGAGUCUGAUGAGUCUGUGGAGCAGAACAAGUGUCCCCAGGCACUCACCCCGACGCGAAGGAAACCACUGGAGAGUGACUUUGAAACCAUCAAGCUCAUCAGUAAUGGAGCCUAUGGGGCUGUAUACCUGGUCCGACACAGAGACACUCGGCAGCGUUUCGCCAUGAAGAAGAUCAACAGGCAAAACCUGGUCCUGAGGAACCAGAUCCAGCAGGUGUUUGUGGAGCGGGACAUCCUGACCUUUGCCGAGAACCCAUUUGUGGUCUCCAUGUUCUGCUCCUUUGAGACACGACGCCACCUGUGCAUGGUGAUGGAGUAUGUGGAAGGUGGGGAUUGUGCUAACCUGCUGAAGAACAUGGGCCCCCUUCCCGUGGACAUGACCCGGAUGUACUUUGCUGAGACUGUGUUGGCCUUGGAAUACCUUCACAACUACGGCAUUGUUCAUAGAGACCUCAAACCUGACAACUUGUUGAUCACUUCUAUGGGCCACAUCAAAUUGACCGACUUUGGCCUGUCCAGAAUUGGCCUGAUGAACAUGACCACCAACCUUUACGAGGGUCACAUGGAGAAAGACACCAGGGAGUUCAUCGACAAACAGGUGUGUGGCACCCCAGAGUACAUAGCCCCAGAGGUGAUACUGAGACAGGGCUAUGGGAAGCCAGUAGACUGGUGGGCCAUGGGAGUCAUCCUGUACGAGUUCCUGGUUGGAUGUGUGCCCUUCUUUGGGGACACGCCCGAGGAACUCUUUGGGCAGGUUGUCAGUGAUGACAUCAUCUGGCCCGAUGGGGAUGAUGCUUUACCUGCAGACGCCCAGGACAUGAUCACACGGCUGUUGAGGCAGAGCCCUCUGGAGCGCCUGGGGACAGGAGGAGCAUCUGAGGUAAAACAACACCCCUUUUUCUUAAGUCUGGACUGGAACGGGCUACUGCGACUGAAAGCCGAAUUCAUCCCCCAACUGGAAGCGGAGGACGACACCAGUUACUUUGACACUCGCUUAGAGCGUUACCACCAUUUGGCCUCAGAUGAGGAUGACGAAACCAACGAUGAAGAGUCUUCCCUGGAAAUCCGUCAGUUUUCCUCCUGGUCAAACCGCUUCAGCAAGGUGUACAGCAGCACAGAACAUCUGGCCACACCGUCCAACCUGAGCUUCUCAUCGGACCGCAGCCACAGUGAGGACAAAGAGGGCUGGGAUGGGCGUUUCACACCCUCCCCGGGAGGAGACAUUCUGAGACAGGAACGCCAGCACCAAGAUCGCAGGGGAAGCCUGCGCCCUCGGGCCUCGUCCAAUUCCUUCCAUUCUGAGAGGGGCACCAGCCCCCUGGUGAUGAGCAGCACCCACAGUCUGGAGACCAUGCCCCGCUUCGCCUUCUCCACAGACGACGAAGCUGAGGUGGUAGUGUCAAACCUGCAUCGGAUCAGGAUUCGUAGCAACAGCACCGGGGCCAAACACUCUUCUCCCAGGAAUCACAGAGCCCCCCAACGCUUUGGAAACCAGCUGGAGACACCAGAUAGACAGACACCAGACAGACCGAGGCUUGGGGGCAAAGUCCCCAAGUCUGCCUCCAUCUCCGCCCUGUCUCUCAUCAUCACUGCAGAUGAUAUGCCCAGCGGCCUCCAGCCCAGCCCCAUCUCUUCGCGCUCGCUCUCCUCCAAUCAUUCGUCCCGUGAUUCGUCCCCCAGCCGUGACCUGUCGCUUAGCCUCAGAAGCCUGCGGCCACCCAUCGUCAUCCACAGCUCAGGGAAGAAAUACGGCUUCACCAUGCAGGCCAUCCGCGUCUACAUGGGCGACAGCGACGUUUACACGGUGCACCACAUGGUCUCGAGUGUUGAAGAUGGCAGCCCAGCCCACGAGGCAGGACUGAGGGCUGGUGACCUCAUCACUCACGUGAACGGAGAGUCCGUGCAGGGUCUGGUCCACACAGAGAUGAUGGAGCUGCUUCUGAAGAGUGGCGGCAAGGUGGCCCUUCAGACUACGGCAUUGGAGAACACGUCUAUCAAGGUUGGGCCGGCUCGAAAGACCAGCCACAAGGGGAAGAUGGCAAGACGCAGCAAGAAGAGCAAAAGAAGGGACAAUCAGGACAGGCGGAGGAGCAUCCUGAAGAAGCUGUCCAAGCAGAGCACGGUGAUUCACAGCAGCCGCAGCUUCAACUCUGGACUGCAGCACCACUCUGUGUCGUCCAGCGAGAGCCUGCCAGGCUCCCCCACACACAGCCUAUCACCUGGCCCCUCCACCCCCUGCCGCAGUCCUGCCCCCGACCACCAGGCUGCAGACACAAACUCUCCACAGAGCACUUCUCCCUGUUCCAGCUCUCCCAGCUCCCCGGCUGCACACAUCCGGCCCAGCUCCCUGCACGGCCUGGGCUCCAAGCUGAGUAUCCAGCGUUACACCAAGGUGGGUCGCCGCAAGUCCACCAGCAGCAUCCCCCCGUCCCCCUUGGCCUGCAACUCCUCUCCCCAGCCUCUGUCGCCCCAGCGCUCCCCUUCUCCCCUCCCUGGCAUCACCAAGACCUUCCACACAGUCCGUGGCAAGACUCUGUCCCCCCCAACCAUUGUUCGCCAUUGUGUGCGCCCCCGCAGCGCAGAGCCGCCCCGCUCUCCCCUCCUAAAGAGGGUGCAGUCGGCUGAGAGGCUCUCCAGCGCCUACCACGUUGACAAGAAGUCGUACCCCCACCGGAGGCACACGUUGGAGGUGCCUUUCCAGGGCGAGGGAGAGGACGUGGAGGUGGAGGGGGUCUGCGGCGGGGGGGUCUCCUACCUCGGGGACCACGGGAGGCUGCUGGGGGGUUACGGGGGCUGCCAGAGGUUGAGGGACUGGGCGGCGGAGCGUUCAGAGCAAUUGGUGGUGAUGAGGAAGCUCAACCUUUCGGAACGCCGUGACUCCUUCAAGAAGCAGGAGGCGGUGCAGGAGGUGAGCUUUGACGAGUCUGACGACCAGAAGACAAGUCCCACGUUCACCGUGAUGCUCACUGCCCCUGGAGCCAACAGGCUCCAGCAGAGGGCAGCCUCCUGGACGCCCAUGUCCCAACCCAGCGAGGAGGUGACUGAGGUGAAACGCUUCACCCUGGUGCCUCAGAUUGCUGUGCAGGGCUCGACGGAGAGUGAAGAGCAGGAUGACUGGGAGCCGUGCUCAGACGGAGAGGAGGAGGACGGCAAGAGACAGGAGCCCGAAUCUACCGAUAACAACGUUGGCACACAGCAGCUUGUUAAGGAUGUCUCUCUCACGGUGAACGUCUCCAGUAAGGCACCAGAAGCGACAGCUGCUUUACAUAAAGACUGCCUCUGAUAAGGUUGGGGAUACCGCAGAAGACUCUAGCCCCCAGAAAGGGAAGCCAAGAAAGUGACAUUUCCUUGAAUCAUUUCAUGCAGCACAUAUCUUCCAAGGAUGCACCUUGACACUCACUGUUGAAGGAAGGAAAUGUUUGGGCAAAAGAGUGUUUCUCCGAAGGAACUCAAACGAAUCACGACUUUGAUUUUAUUUUGUAGAUUUCACUUGAUCCAGGAUAUUGUUUUAUAAAUAUGUAACACUAGGAAAUAGAUUGCACUUUAUUUCCUGGGCUUAUUUAUUACUUUUAUAAGCUAAGUGGAUUUUUGGGGCCAAAAAAGGAAAAUGUUAAAUUGAUAGUGGCUAGCCAAGGUUAAAUCAUGUUUUGUGUCCAUAUAUUUUGUUGUUAUGUCUAUUUUAAAACAUUCUACAGAGUAGUUGCUAAUAGUAGUUCAAAGAAGUGAGUAGUUUGAGAGGAAUUCAUUUUUUACACAUUCAUGUUUUGAUUUAGGCUCGUUUACUGAGACUGAGUGAUGCUUUUGUAUAAUCUCAGACAGUAGUUUUGAAAGUGGUGCUAACGAGCCAAAACGGGUCCCAAAACGGGUACUACAUCAUCCAAUUGUGUACAAUGCCAUCCAUUACGUUUUUUCUUUCUUUUUUCAAUUCGUAUGAUUUGUUGCAAAUCCAAUUCAAACAAUAUAUUAAGAAUUUGUUGUGCUUAAGAUCCCGGACUGCGUCUUGAACAGUUUGAAGUAUAUUUUGAAUCAUAUAAAACUGCAGGGCAAUUGUUAUUUGAACUAAUUACAGUGCAUUCGUAAAGUAUUCAGACACCUUUUUUCCACAAUUUGUUACUUUACACACUUAUUAAAACAUUUAUUUAAUAGUUACCUCAAUCUACACACAAUACCCCAUAAUGACAAAGCAAAAACUGUUUUUUGAUUUUUUUUUUUGUUGCAAAUGUAUUUAAAAUAAAAAACGGAUACCUUAUUUACAUAAGUAUUAAAACCCUUUGCUAUGAGACUCGAAAUUGAGCUCAGGUGCAUCCUGUUUCCAUUGAUCAUCCUUGAUGUUUCUACAAUUUGAUUGGAUUCUACCUGUGGUAAAUUCAAUUGAUUGGACAUGAUUUGGAAAGGCAGACACCUGUCUAUAUAAGGUCUCACAGUUGACAGCGCAAGUCAGAGCAAAAGCCGAGCCAUGAGGUCGAAGGAAUUGUCCUAAGAGCUCCGACAGAGAAUUGUGUCGAGGCACAGAUCUGGGGAAAGCUACCAAAAAAUGCCUGCAGCAUUGAAGUUCCCCAAGAACACAGUGGCCUCCAUCAUUCUUAAAUGGAAGAAGUUUGGAACCACCAAGACUCUUCCUGAGCAAUCGGGGGAGAAGGCCCUUGGUCAGGGAGGUGACCAAGAACCCGAUGGUCACUCUGACAGAACAUCUCAACAGAGUUCCUCUGUUGAGAUGGGAGAACCUUCCAGAAGGACAACCAUCUCUGUAGCACUCCACCAAAUCAGGCCUUUAUGGUAGAGCGGCCAGACAGAAGCCACUCCUCAGUAAAAGGCACAUGACAGCCCGCUUGGUGUUUGCCAAAAGGUACCUAAAGGACUCAGACCAUGAAAAACAAGAUUCUCUGGUCUGAUGAAACCAAGAUUGAACUCUUUGGCCUGAAUUCCAAGCGUCACGUCUGGAGGAAACCUGGCACCAGCUCUACAGUGAAGCAUGGAGGUGGCAGCAUCAUGCUGUGGGGAUGUUUUUCAGCGGCAGGGAGUGGGAGAAUAGUCAGGAUCGAGGGAAAGAUGAACGGAGCAAAGUACAGAGAAAUCCUUCAUGAUAACCUGCUCCAAUGACCCUAAGCACACAGCCAAGACAACGACCCUAAGCACACAGCCAAGACAACGCAGGAGUUGCUUUAGGACAAGUUUCAAUGUCCUUGAGUGGCCCAGCCAGAGCCCAGACUUGGACCCGAUCGAACAUCUCUCAUAGCUGUGCAGCAACGCCCCCCAUCCAUCUUCACAGAGCUCGAGAGGAUCUGCAGAGAAGAAUGGGGGGAAACUCCCCAAAUACAGGUGUGCCAAGCUUGUAGGGUCAUACCCAAGAAGAAUCGAGGCUGUAAUCACCAAAGAUGUUUAAACAAAGUACUGAGUAAAGGGUCUGCAUAUUUAUGUAAAAUAUGAUAUCAGUUUUGUUGUUUUUUAGAUAUUUGCAAAAAAAUCUAAGAACCUGUUUUUACAUUGUCAUUAUGGGGAUUGAACUAUUUAAUUCAUUUUAGAGUAAGGCUGUAACGUAACAAUGUGGAAAAGGUCAAGGGGUCUGAAUACUUUCCGAAUGCACUGUGGCUAGUUCAGGUUUUAGUUGAUGUGAAGACAUUGUAUUACUAACAAAUGGUAUUAGCUGCCAUGAAACAGAUUUGUUUUGUUUUUGUUCUCUUAACCCAUAACUUAUGGAAUGAGGGCCUUUCUUCUUUGACAAAUAGCUCUUAUUCCCUUGUUUGCAGGCUUGAUAGUAGCAGGAAAAUGCAGUCACCUUUACGAAUGCUUCAAUUAUUUUGCAAGUUUAUAUUUCUAAGCAUUUUUACCCAAAUCACAAAGAGGGUAUUUCUUCCAAUCUUAUUGGUUUAGUUCGUUUUGAAACCUACUGAUUAUAUUGCACAAUAUUAUGCCAUAACCUCAUCCUUAUGUUCGUUCAUCCCGACCUCAUCCACUUCUGGGUUUCCUGGUUUCUCUGUACUGAUUCUGAUGGACAACAGGGUUUAUACCACAUGAUUUCGCUGAAAUCAUGGUAGCAUGGCAAUUUGAGCUUGCUGCCAAUGCUUGUACUUCUAAAGCAUAAUUUUAAUCCUAUCAAAUGCUGUCACCUAAUCUCUGUCACAGAGGCAAUUGUUGACAGGAUAUUGUUUUGAUAAGCCACAGAUAGUUUUGCUCUCAAACCUGUUUUUAGGCUACAUCCUAGAAUUCAGCUGUCCAGAUGACAUCACCAAGUUAAAGAUAAACCGUUUAAGCUUUCCACAAGAUCCGCUUGCAUAUUUUCUAAUUAUCCUCAAUGCAGCCUUUGACCUUUUAUCUACAUAUUAGACUCUUUUUGAGCACAGUGACUAGUGUGCGUGUGAAAAUGUCCAUGCGUAAGAAACCCAUUCCUCUUUCAUCUCCUUCUGUGUGUUGAUGUUUACAUUGGGGUAAAGUGCACUAAGGAAAAUAUAUAUUUUGACAUGAAUUUUGUAAACGACAUAAGGAAGAGGCAACGAUGGAGGAGUGUCACAUACCUUCAGUCAGAACCCAGGGCUUAGAUAUUAGAAACAGAUGAUAGUUUUAUGUCUUUGUACUGUACAUGUAUUUAUUUACAGUGAGGAGAAAAAAGUAUUUGAUCCCCUGUUGAUUUUGUAUGUUUGCCAGCUGACAAAGAAAUUAUCAGUCUAUAAUUGUAAUGUGAGGUUUAUUUGAACCUACCAUUAAAAUGAUUUGAACAACAAAAAAAUCCAGAAAAAUGCAUGUCAAAAAUGUUAUAAAUUGAUUUGCAUUUUAAUGAGAGGGAAAUCAGAAAGAUUUCUGGCUCCCAGGUGUCUUUUAUACAGGUAACAAGCUGAGAUUAGGAGCACACUCUUAAAGGGAGUGCUCCUAAUCUCAGAUUGUUACCUGUAUAAAAGACACCUGUCCAUAGAAGCAAUCAAUCAAUCAGAUUCCAAACUCUCCACCAUGGCCAAGACCAAAGAGCUCUCCAAGGAUGUCAGGGACAAGAUUGUAGACCUACACAAGGCUGGAAUGGGCUACAAGCCCAUCGCCAAGCAGCUUGGUGAGAAGGUGACAACAGUUGGUGCGAUUAUUCGCAAAUGGAAGAAACACAAAAUAACUGUCAAUCUCCCUCGGCCUGGGGCUCCAUGCAAGAUCUCACCUCGUGGAGUUACAAUGAUCAUGAGAAUGGUGAGGAAUCAGCCCAGAACUACACGGGAGGAUCUUGUCAAUGAUCUCAAGGCAGCUGGGACCAUAGUCACCAAGAAAACAAUUGGUAACACACUACGCCGUGAAUGCUGAAAUCCUGCAGCGCCCGCAAGGUUCCCCUGCUCAAGAAAGCACAUAUACAUGCCCGUCUGAAGUUUGCCAAUGAACAUCUGAAUGAUUCAGAGGACAACUGAUUUAAAAUAUAUAUAUAUUUUACCUUUAUUUUACUAGGCAAGUCAGUUAAGAACAAAUUCUUAUUUUCAAUGACGGCCUAGGAACAUUGGGUUAACUGCCUGUUCAGGGGCAGAACGACAGGUUUGUACCUUGUCAGCUCGGGGAUUCGAACUUGCAACCUUUCGGUUACUAGUCCAACACUCUAACCACCAGGCUACCCUAACCACUAGGCUACCCUGCCGAUUGAAAGUGUUGUGGUCAGAUGAGACCAAAAUGGAGCUUUUUGGCAUCAACUCAACUCACCGUGUUUGGAGGAGGAGGAAUGCUGCUUAUGACCCCAAGAACACCAUCCCCACUGUCAAACAUGGAGGUGGAAACAUUAUGCUUUGGGGGUAUUUUUCUGCUAAGUGGACAGGACAACUUCCCCGCAUCAAAGGGACGAUGUACCGUCAAAUCUUGGGUGAGAACCUCCUUCCCUCAGCCAGGGCAUUGAAAAUGGGUCGUGGAUAGGUAUUCCAGCAUGACAAUGACCCAAAACACACGGCCAAGGCAACAAAGGAGUGACUCAAGAAGAAGCACAUUAAGGUCCUGAAGUGGCCUAGCCAGUCUCCAGACCUUAAUCCCAUAGAAAAUCUGUGGAGGGAGCUGAAGGUUCGAGUUGCCAAACAUCAGCCUCGAAACCUUAAUGACUUGGAGAACUAAGUCAUGUUUUCAGAGGGGUCAAAUACUUAUUUCCCUCAUUAAAAUGCAAAUCAAUUUAUAAAAUUUUUGACAUGCGUUUUUCUGGAUUUUAUUUUGUUAUUCUGUCUCUGACUGUUCAAAUAAACCUACCAUUAAAAUUAUAGACGGAUAAUUUCUUUGUCAGUGGGCAAAUGUACAAAAUCAGCAGGGGAUCAAAUACUUUUUUCCCUCACUGUGUAUUUUUAUAUCGGAGUCUGUUAAUGCCAUAUGCAUUAUUAUUAUACUUAAUAUUAUUAUAUUUUGGAGUAUACCAACAUACCAGUUGCACAAGCGAUGUGAACAAAAUAGCUGUAAAAAUGUGCCUCAAGGAUGAAGCUGGUUGGGGAAUCACAUCAGUAUUGCAAUGCAUAUUGUACAAUUAGUGAUGUUGUGUUGAACACCAUCAUUUUGGGCCUUUUAUACACUACAGUAGUUCUGAAGGUUGAUAUUGUGUACAUUUUUACUUGCUGUUAUGUAACGGUCUGUAUAUAUCAAACGUUGGCAGAGGGGGGGUUCUUUCGAAGUCUCAACAGAUCCUCAAAAGAGGUCUAUAUUUUCAGAUUUGAUGAACUACUCAGAAGUCAGUGGUGGUGAAAUGGAAUUAUACCCAGGACAUGCUAUCUCGCAAAGCCGGUCAGAAUUGUUUACAACGAACAUGCUAUGUACAAUUUGAACAAAUGGUAUUUUGUAAUCCUGUGUUUCUAUGUACUGUGUAGGUAUUGUAUUGCAGUCUGUGCAUUUCAACACUACACCGUUUUAAAGGCUUUACUCAAGUACCUUUUUGGAACUGUAAAACUUCCGAACUGUUCUAUGAGAAUACACUAUGAUGCAUUUUCUCUUGUUUACGCCUUUGUUAGCUGCAUGCUGCAUGAGACAAGGACACAUCAUACUUGAUUGCAUGGUACUCUGGGUUUCUACAGCCCGUGCUGGGGUUUCUACAGUGUGUCUAAUAGAGCAUUUGUGUGCAAAGUCAACUUUUUCACUUUCCUCUUGACUCCUACUCAUCAUACCCUGAACCACAAAUAGACAACUGGUCUGUUUUCCUAAUAGUUGUAGGUCUUGUUCUGUGUGUACUGGGAUGAAAUCUUCCACUCUCGGGAUGUGUAUGUCUAAUGUUUUUCACUUUCUCAACACUGGGCGGUAAAAUAAUCUCUUUCGUCAUCUACGUCAUAAAGGGGGAUGCAUGCGGUUCGAGGGCUGGGAGUGAAGCUUAGACGGUUAGGCUACUAGCAUAGUCCAUUAGUCUACAGUGGUUUGUCUCUCUUGCAUUUAACCCUCAUUUGAACACAUUUUCCAUUUUAUCUGCUCUCGGAACGCCUCUAUGCUGACUUAGUUGUAGACAAGGGUACCUGUACACAUUGUCACACACUUACAGGGUCGAAUGGACACAUAUGCAAAAACAUGUCCACAUUCAUUCUUUCCCUUUUGUUUAAUUCUGUGAUUGGGUUAGAAAUACUGGAGGUACAGUGCUAAUGUCCAUUUUAUGUGAAUAUGGAGAGUAUGGUGGUGUUCAUAUUUGUUUCAUUUGAAGCCAGUUUUGUCUGACUAGUUUUUCUUUUUGUGGUUCUAACUGUAUGGCCUAGCGCCCUAUUCAAACAAAAGCAAAUGUUGAGUAAAUAGUUGGCUAGGAUGUGAAUAUGCCUAUGAUUGGGUUGGACUAUUGAAUGUGUUUGCCGAGAAGUGCUUGUGUACCUGAGAAUUCGAACAAUUUUGCAGGCUCACAUCACUUUGCCUCGUUUGACCAUCUGUCUGCUUUUGUUUGAGUAGGGAUGCCGGCCAUCCUUGGUACAAGUGUCAAGAUUGAUCUAUUUUGUGUUUUUACUUGAUGUUUCCAAACGGUUUUAUAAUAAAUUGUUUCCGUAUGGCAUUUGAUAUUGAAGGCA